AUGCGGUCUAUCGACAAUGUAAACGUACAAACAAAGGAGAUGAUGAGAUACGUAAGAACUAAUAGUGAAGUAGGAGCAUAUGAAGAGAGUGUAUCACCGUCAAAGUCUCUUUCUGCUAAGCGACGUUUACGUUCGAAGGAACACCAAGAGAUUGGUGCGCCUACUGUGUGGAUUACUCCUGAUUGGGCUACGCAUCCUGUGAUUGAAAGUUUCUAUGGCCAUACACGACGUCCACGUGUGAGUUCAUUUGAUGAAGUUAUGUCUUCACCUACGAAUGCUUUAGCCACAACGACAUUGAGUGAGAGCUGCUGUGGUUACGGUAAAGAGACGAAUGAUCAUGUAGAUGAGGAUCGAUUACAUGCAAGAAAUAACACUUGGACACGCCGUCCUUUUGGCUCUUUUGCCUAUUCCUGUACGACCGAUACAAGCGAAGAAGCAAGUGGAAUUGGUUUGGGUACUGAGAGCCCCAUGUAUGAUCGUCAAGCUACAAUGGGGCUGCGCACUAAUAGCAAUAGCAGCUUAAGCAGCGGCUUUGGUUUUACUCAAUGGAACAAAAUGAGACGUACCAUGAGUUUUAAUGGCGGACUCGUACCAGUACCUCCUGACUCUCAUUUUACAGGUGACAGAUGUGUACUGCUGGAAAAAUGGCAAAGUGGUAGAGAUUUACGUACAGAUAUAAGUCUUGCAGCAUCGUCAUUGGAGCUAGAUAGCGUUAAUCGUCCUCAGUCGCCUUUGACUUCUAGUCGACUACGAGCUAAACUACAGGAGAGUUUGCGAGACACGGAUGAUCGCAUUGCGGAGGAGCACAAACGUCUAUGCCACGCACAGCGGAUCGGUAGGAAGUCAGCCGCAAACCAGCCCGUAGCUCCUGUCAAUGUCCUAUGGAGUUUAUUGUGUGGGGCGCGAACGACCGAAACGGCACAUGUUGAUGGCGUAACAUACUUGUCCGAGAAGCUAGGAAUAGCUGUAUCACAUCGUGCAUUAAACCAAUUACAGCGGCACCGCCGCCAUGUGCAUGGUAUAUUGAAAAUUGUGACGGCACAUAAUCCAGACUUGGAGCUUACGGAACGACAGCUUGACUCGUUUGAGGCAGCAAGUGCUAUGUUGGCCAAUGACAUCAAGUACGUUGUACUCUGCCAGCAGUACAAAUUAUUGCUUACAAGUGCAACACAACGACGACGCGCGCUAGUCAUGGCGAAGCUGCACAACGGCAGUAAUUGCUUUGAAAAGCCUCAAGUGAAGAGUGAUAUGCUGUCGCAGCUGCUUAAGGCUGUAAGCUGGUAUCGCUUGGUGCAACGGAACGCUAGGAAAGAGUCUGCGUCAAGCUCUGUGGGUGUAGCAUCUGCUCCAGGAUCGGCCAUUGCGAGCCCUCCUUCCAGUUCAGGCUCGACUGGUGGUCUACAGGAGCUGCAAGUGGAAAAGAUUUUGAAUGUUUUGGCAGGCGAAGACUUUUAUUCCGAUUUUUACGAAUCGAUGUGUCAGCCGGACUGGUGGGAGAUUGCACAGGCUCACUUUGAAAACCUUAUUUUUUCGUCAAGAAAAUCGCGUAUUUGUCAGUGGGUGCUGCAACUCUCCAAAGACGUUGCUGCUGUGAGUUACGAAGAGCUAGACAAAACUGAAAGUGGCGGUUUAUUUCUUCGACCGGAAUCGCUGGCAGGAGAUAGCGUGCAUUGCAAGCAGCAUCACAUUAAACAUCAAGCUUCUUGGGCGAGGGAUCCGCUGCCUGAACAGAUAAUUGAUUUUCUGGAUCGACUGUCUAGUCGUGUUCGACGAGAGUUUGAUGUACCCGUAGAAGUUAGCAAAAGCCUGAAUGUCUUUAUCCAACGCACGGUGUUUCCUCGUAUUGCUGUGCUCUGCUUUAAUCAGAGAGCGACCCGUGACUGCCAGCGGAAGGACAAGCUUUGGCGGAAGAAGUGUGUUGAGCUGAGCGGUUUACCCAUGGAGAAUUUGGGUGUUUCGCCUGAUCUCGUUGCCAAAAUUCGCUCCAAUUUACCCAGCCACCGUGUCCGCGGUCCAAGUAGUAGUAAUAGUCAAUGUCAUCGGCGAGCGUUUUUCGUUCGUGCGAUCGAAGCAUUCAACGGCAUGGUGAGUGUGGUGCCGUGUGACCUGCUAGACGAGCUCAUGCACGGCGUAGUUAUUCUACACCACGAAGCUGCACUUGUGCUGGGCACGACUCAGUUCUCAGUGGAAACAUUUUUCCCGUUAUUGGCUUACGUUCUAGUGCAUUGCCAGCUACCGACAGUCCACGCGCAGCUGCAUCUUCUGGAGAAUUUCGCCAUCACUGCUCACAAUGCGAAUGGUGAAGAGUCCUACUACGUCUACUGCGUUCAUGCUGCCGUGGAAUACAUCUGCAACACUGCUGGGUUGGGAACUAGUGCCAAUUCUGCUGGUUCAUGCGCAGUGAGUACAAGUUCCAGUGCAGUCUCGACACCAGAAGGGGCUGGUUUGACAUCUGUCAUGCCGAUGAACAAUUCGUCGCCACCUGACAGCCAGACUUCUAUCUCGUCUGACCUCGAGUUGGAAACUCGAGUGAAAGUGAAAGCUUUUAGUCCCAUAAGCAAUAGCAGUGUGAAGCAGUCAGAGGCAGCCUAA